AUGGCUGGUAGAGGUAGACCCACGGGAGUUAUUAAUGCUGAACCCACAGAGUAUCGGGGGUUAUCGUCUUUCACGAAACACGACCCUCCUAAGUUUGAAGGUAAAUUUGAUCCGGAAGGAUCCCAAAGAUGGAUUGCUGACAUAGAGAAGAUAUUUAAUGCUAUGGGCUGCCGUGAAGAGCAUAAGGUAGGUUAUGCAACCUGUAUGCUCUGCGGAGAAGUGGAGGACUGGUGGAAGUAUGCCGGUCAAACCCUGCCACAGGAAGAGGGUCACAUCACUUGGGAAGUGUUUAAGACCUGUUUCCUGGGAAACUACUUUCCCAAGGACUUGCAAAAACAGAAGGCGAGGGAAUUUCUAGAGCUGAAACAAGGAGAUAUGUCAGUCGAGGAUUAUGCUGCCAAAUUUCAUGAGUUGAUGAAAUUUUGGCCCCAUUAUCAACAUGAAGGAGCGAAUGCCAAAAGGAAGUCGGUAGACACAAGAGUUGGAGGACUAAUGAGGCAAGAUAGGAGGCCCUCAAGAUGUCAAAGGAGAUCUUAUUCUGGCCUAGUUGAGUCUAGAGUGAGUGGAGUGACAACUUGCAGAGGGGGUGGUUCUGGCUCCGAUGUUUCUCGAGAGCUAUUGAAGUGCUUCUGA